UACAGCCUUGGGCUUAACUCCAACUGAUCGCUGCCCGUUUCAUCAGACCUACGACAUCAGUGCGAAGACAUGGCAGCCCAGACCAGCUCCAGUUCCGACGGUUUGUGCCUUUUAUUUCCGUCCCUCUUCCCAAGCUCCGACCGUCCUUUCACAUCACCUCUCGUGUGCUACCUCCAGCCAGCUGUCCUCUGGCGUUUCCGCUAAUUCCAUUUGCAUAUCUCUUCUCCUAAGUAACGUACUUAAUAACCUUAUUUGCUAAUCGCUCCAAUGUCGACUUCUGUAGCUACCGCGACCUCGGAACUCCAAUCCUCUCUUCGUGAGCUCGCUCUCACCACCACAAGUCCCGUGAAAGACAUUGCCCGCCCGUCAUUACUCCCUCGCUCGGCCCUCAAGAAGAAGAAAGCGGCCCCCGUGGCAGACUCCUGGGAAGAUGAGGUAGACGAGAGCGCCUCCGAGCCGGACGAGCCGGACAACAACCCCGUGCUAUCGCCGUCAAUCCGCGCCUCCGAAGACCCUCUCGACCCUCCCCCAACCCCGCUCUCUCCGCAAACAACCCUGAACCAACCAUGGCCUUCCUACGGCAAUUCCGGCUCCAUGCCCCGAUCAUCGGACUCUAAAUCUCCAGUGUCGGGCCGACGACCCGAGAAGCAGACGGCGGUAGCCAACCGAAUGAUUGCAGGCGCAUUGGGCAUUCGAGCCCCGAAGCGCACGGAAGAGCAGCGGGCAUACGACCGAGCGGUGAAAGAGCAAGAGAUUAAGAGGAGAAAUAAAGAGCGCGAGGAAGCUGCCAAGGCUAAGGAGGAUGAGGAACGGGUGAAGGCGGCUGUAUGGGAUGCAUGAUUGCUUUCAAGACUUUAAUUUUGUCAAUAUACGGCGUUUGAAUCUAAUGUAUCUUGAUAACACACACUUACUACGCUAAUCAAACCCAC